AUGAGUAUCACUGAGAAACUUACCAAGGAUGAGCAUGGGAAAGACAUAGACCCCAUCCUGUAUAGAAGUAUGAUCGGCAGUCUGCUUUACCUCACAGGAAGCCGACCAGACAUCUGUUUCAGCGUUGGAGUUUGUGCUCGGUAUCAAGCUUCACCAAAGGAGUCUCACCUGACAGCAGUUAAACGCAUUAUUAGGUAUAUCAGUGGCACAGUAGAGUUCGGCAUUUGGUAUUCUCAUGACUCAAAUACACACUUGGCUGGUUAUAGUGAUGUUGAUUGUUCUGGAAAUGUAGAUGAUCGGAAAAGCACCUCAGGAGGUUGUUUUUAUCUGGGAAACAAUCUUGUUACCUGGCAUCAGUUUGACAGGAGCAGAAUCGAGGAGGUUGUGUCAAAUAAUGCCAAAGGAGGAGAUUGUUAA